GCGACCAUUUUACGUUAGCUGGUUUGUAGCUUUCACCCAGGGAGCAGGGCGACUGCGAAGGCCGCUCUUCUCCCUUUCGGUUCUCGGCUGCCUGAGACAGAAAGGCUUUAGCGGGGUCCGGGGGGUCUGGCCUAGGGAUCCCCGGCCCCUGGAGUGAGCAGGAUGGCUGCGGAAGAAAAAGAUGAGGUGGAAUGGGUGGUGGAGAGCAUCGCGGGAUUCCUGCGAGGCCCGGACUGGUCCAUCCCCAUCUUGGACUUUGUAGAGCAGAAAUGUGAAGUUUUCGAUGAUGAGGAAGAAAGCAAAUUGACCUAUACAGAGAUUCAUCAGGAAUACAAAGAACUAGUUGAAAAACUCUUAGAAAGUUACCUAAAAGAAAUUGGAAUUAAUGAAGAUCAAUUUCAAGAAGCAUGCACUUCUCCUCUUGCAAAGACCCAUACAUCACAGGCUAUUUUGCAACCUGUGUUGGCAGCAGCAGAUUUUACUAUCUUUAAAGCAAUGAUGGUUCAAAAAAAUAUUGAAAUGCAGCUGCAAGCCAUUCAAGUAAUUCAAGAGAGAAAUGGUGUGUUACCUGACUGCUUAACAGAUGGUUCUGAUGUGGUCAGUGACCUUGAACAGGAAGAGAUGAAGAUCCUGAGGGAAGUUCUUAGAAAAUCCAAAGAGGAAUAUGACCAGGAGGAAGAAAGGAAGAGAAAAAAGCAGUUAUCAGAGGCUAAAACAGUAGAGUCCCCAACGCAUGUUAAUGAAGAUGCAAAAAUGAAUAAUUCCCAAGGGGAUGGUGAACACACUGCACACCCACCCUCAGAAGUUAAAGUGCAUUUUGCUAAUCAGUCAGUACAACCUUUGGCAAGAAAGCUGGAAAUGAUGCCUGAAACUUCCUCUUUCCCACAAAAAGGCCUGAAGAUGCCUGGUCUAGAACAUGCAAGCAUUGAAGGACCAAUAGCAAAUUUAUCAACACUUGGAAUGGAAGAGCUCCGGCAAAGAGAAUGCUAUCUCAAGCAAAAGAGAGAUAAGUUGAUGUCCAUGAGAAAGGAUAUGAGGAAUAAGCAGAUACAACAUUCGGAGCAGAAAGGGAAACCUGCUGGGGAAGCAGAGGAAAUGACAGAAAAACAAGAAAUGACAGCAGAGGAGAAGCAAACAUUACUAAAGAGGAGAUUGCUUGCAGAGAAACUUAAAGAAGAAGUUAUUAACAAGUAAUUUAAAAACAAUUUAGCAAAACAUAAGUUAAAGUUUUCUUAAUAAAUAAUUUAAUCCUUAAA